UAGAAAUCAUCAAAACUCAUUGAAAUGGUUAAAACGGAGUAUAAUUCUGAAUUUCUUCAACGGCUAUAUAUGAAGAACUUCAAUAAAGUCGACACCUCGAGAUCCACGAUUUUUACUCAUUCUUCUGCUAGAUCGACUGUAAAACAUUCUAAACGAAAGACGUUUUUGCAUUCAUACGCGAAAUAUCACCUGAUAAUAGGCGGGUUAUGCAUUAUUUUUGGAGGAUUUGCGAUGAGUCCUUUACUUAACAGAGGUUCUUUUAUGUACUUCGAUCCAGGAAUAUACGUCGGCUUUACAUACAUAUCGAUGGGGUGUGUGGCUCUCACCUGUAACAAAACACUACAUACAAAGAAGUUGAUGAGUGUUUCACUUGCGUCACUCAUCAUUAUUGGAAUCGCAAUAUAUGCAAUUUAUUGCGAAAUUUGGAUAACUUCCAAUGCAAAGAACAUAUACGAAGAAAUGAAUAGCUUGAUGAAGAAUCGUCUUGUAAUCUUGGAGCUUCAGUCAAUAUUUGUUCUUCAUCUUAUGCUCAUUAUAUUAAACUGUGCUGAAUUGUACUUGGGAAUAACCUAUUUAAUUUAUUCUUUAUUUAAGAUAUGUUGCAAGACAUUAAAGUAUUUAUAAUUUGAAGAUUCUUCUCAUUCUUGUGUAGCAAUAAGUGAAAUGAAAAACUUAAAAAAUGUGGAAUGCAAAACAAAUACAGCAUAGGAAUGCAAAUAGAAUGACAGACUGAUUGGUUGCAUUAUUGAAAAUGAUAGUAAACUGGACAAAUCGAGGUUGAAAAAUAUAUAUAUACUUGAUCUCUGUGCUUGACCAAUAGCUGUUGUAACAUAUUUACAAGUGAGAUAACGCAUACUAGGCUAUUUUUUGUUUAGAAUCAUCUAUUCUAGAAUCUAGAUUUUAUACUUUUCGUGAGUUUUGUCUGUUUUUCUGAUUCUGUAACCAGUCGAUAUAUGAUUAUAUUAAA